UUUUCAAAAUUGAACAAAACUCAACUGAUUUCUUUAUUUUUUUGUCCAAAAAGACUUAUUAGCAAGUUAUGACUUAUAUUAAAUAGACAUCAUGAGAGUAUUAGUUCCUUUUUCACUCAAAAAAUUUAAGAUAAUAAAUAGAUAAAUUUUAAGAAAUGCAUAUAUAUAAAAAUAAAAUAAAUAAAUAAAGUUAGGAAGCUAUUACACAUACAUUGCUAAAAUGGGAAAAAAACAUCUCACGUAAUAAAAUUGGACAAAUUACAACUAAUUUAGGAGUUCUUUGAAUUUUUUGGGGAAAAUAAAAAUAAAUGAAGACUUGUAUGCAAUUUAUUUCUUACAGUAAAUAGACAUAAUGAGAUAAUUAACUCAUUUUUAAUUUAAAAAUAAGUUGUGUACUGUUAAAUAAAAAAAUAUUUAAAAAAAUCAGGAGAAAAAAAACCCUCUUGCUCAAUCUCAAAAACGUGGGCGUGGCGUCCCUCCUAGAGGGCGUGGCUAUGCUGACAGCUUAUAAAUGUCUCUGCUCCUCCUCUGGAGGAGUAUUUGUCAUGGUUUCUAGAGGAGUGUGAGUUUCUCCCGUGGUUCUGCGUCAGGACACAACACCGUAUGGACUUUGUAUCUUCAGCUCUGUUGACAGUUAGAAUAGAUUUGAAGCUCCAACAUGCUGAAGAAUAACGGGAGGAAGGCGGCCGUGUCCGCCGCCUGCACGGCGGGGCUCUGCCUGCUGCUGCUCCUCGCGCUCCUCGCCCUGCAGCAUCCGCGCGCUCAGGUGCCCGAGCAGGUGAGCCAGGACGGCGCGCGCCCGGGAAACGAGAGGAAAGGAUUUUCGGCGUAUUUCAGCACACUGGCGCGCGCCAGGAGGGAAGUGGAGAAUCCCAGCGCACCGCCAGCAUCGGGAGAUCCUCCUCCGGCUGAGGACAUCAGCGUGGAGGACGUCUUCAUCGCGGUGAAGACCACCAAGAAGUUCCACCAGUCCAGGUUGAAGCUGCUCCUGGACACGUGGAUCUCCAGGAAUGCGCAGCAGACGUAUGUUUUCACCGAUGGAGAGGAUGAGGAGCUGAAGAAGAAAAUUGGGAGUCAUGCAGUCAACACCAACUGCUCUGCAGCUCACAGCCGGCAAGCGCUCUCCUGCAAGAUGGCGGUUGAAUACGACAAGUUCAUAGAAUCUGGAAAAAAGUGGUUCUGCCACGUAGACGACGACAACUACGUGAACGCUCGGGCUCUGGUGAAGCAUCUGUCGCAGUACCAGCACACCCAGGACAUGUACAUCGGCAAACCCAGUCUGGACCGGCCCAUAGAGGCCACGGAGAGGCUGGGGGACAAUAAAAUGAAACCGGUCAACUUCUGGUUUGCGACUGGAGGGGCGGGUUUCUGCGUGAGCCGAGGUCUGGCUCUGAAGAUGAGUCCGUGGGCCAGUGGAGGUCACUUUAUGAACACGGCGGAGAAAAUCCGACUUCCCGACGACUGCACCAUCGGCUACAUCAUCGAGUCGGUUCUCGGGGUCCAUCUGACCCGCAGCAACUUGUUCCACUCCCACCUGGAAAACCUUCAGCAGGUGUCCAGAUCGGAGAUUCACAAACAGAUCACCCUCAGUUAUGGGAUGUUCGAGAACAAGAGUAACAUCAUCAGUUUGAAAGGGGCUUUUUCUGUGGAGGAGGAUCCAUCGAGGUUCAAGUCUGUGCACUGUCUCCUGUACCCAGACACUCCGUGGUGUCCCCCCCAGGUUGCCUUCUAGGGCGACCGCUCCUUCCUCAUCCUCGUCCCCGUCGCCUCGGUAUCUGAAAGGCUCGCGGGGACCAGCGUUUUGUAUUGGACCGAGUGGCUGCUGCGUUCUUCCUGCAGUGGCGUGCGGUCUUUAAUGGUUUUACUGGGCUGCUGUGCGGCCCGCCUCUGGACUUUGUUCCUUCCUGUCUGGAGCCGGAACGUCGUCCCCUAAUCUUGGGGCGGAAGAUUCCGGCUUAUUUUGGGGAGGAAGUUGCUUUCAGCGUUGAGCUUUUGCAAGCAAUCUGUUGAGCUUUGUGAUGUAUGUGUUGCUUGUAUAUGUAUCUGCAAUUCUCAUAGAAUGUAUCCACAUAUAUUCAAGCCUUUUUUGCCAGCUUUACAUUAACUUUAGCUUUUAAAAGUGCAAAGCCGCUCCGGUUUUGCUCCUUCGUUUAGCUUCUUUAACGCCGAGGACUCCGGAUAAAAGCUCUAAUAUGAAGAUGUUGAAGAUUUUAAGUGAACAGUGUUUCUCUAAUGGCUUGAGCUGGCUUAUGGCGGAUUUCCAAAUGCAUUCUUUGGGGUUUUACUCUGAAGUUUACCAGGAUAAAGCACUUUUUUUUUCCUUUUUUUUAAAUAUUUCAUGGUGAAGCAAACCUGUUUACGUCCUUAACAAAAUAACCCCCUCAAAAUAGAAUUUCCUCUUUAUUUCUAUGUAUUUAAAACACUCCUUGCAUUUGUUACAAUCAGGGAAAUGUUGUAAGUGGAAAAUAUUUUAUCUUUGAGGGUUACAAUCAGUGAAAAGUCUAAAAAAAAAAAAGAAAAAAAUUGCACAUUUGUGUCAGAAAUGAGCUGCAUCUCUCGCCUCUGAAGAAUCACUGACUUCAUUUCUGAGUCUUACAUGUAUUUUGAAGACUAAAAAGCAGUGGGGGCUUGUGAUCAACAGUAACGUGUAAUCUGAGCUGCAGUCCAAGUUUGCACAAAAGACUAGGAGCUCCUCUGUUGUUAUCAUCAACAGUAUUGUGCUCUAUUUACACAUAAUAUUGACUGGUUACUGUUGAUGCCUGUGAGGCGAGAGCGGCAUCCGCCAUUUCACACAGAGGCGUUCAUUACCUCUGUUUUCUAUCACCCACGUUGGGUUAACCUCUAAUUGCAGUACUGUGUACUGCGCUUUUGUUCUGUUAAGUAGUCCCUGUAUAUGCUUAGACUUUUUUUUUUUGUUUUGUGGGUCACUUUUUUUAACAACCCGUCCAGUUUUUUUUUUAUUGCUUUGAACUGUGGUGAUUAUUCUCCAGUAUCUGGAGUGUUUUAACGGUUUUCCAUCCUAAUACUGGCUUCUCAGGGAUUAUAUGAGCUGAUCCUGGUAGUAACUACCGUGGGACCCACGGUGGCACCGAGAACUCUGAAUAAAAUUGCAUAACCACUGAGAAAUUUCC